UUCUUGCGCGAGGAGUCUCAUGUGCACUCUCGCCUCACCUGUGCAUGCCAUUGCCCGCCGCAUAUUCUUCAGUUCAUUUCGUUCCAAGACCGAAUCAAAAACAUCAAGCUCAAUAUCGCCCAUCGAGUGGCCCAGCUCCAUGACGAGCCAGAGGAUGGCGACAGCUUUUUCAACGAAGGGCUUCUCAAAUGGAGGGAUACAAACUGCACCACCCACUUCACGCAGUUCUGCCGGGCCGUUAGCCCGCUCUGUCAGUCGCUCCCCCAGCUUCUCUAUCACAAGGAAGCUAUAGUCAAGCACAUUGAGUCGUACAUGACGAUUGAACACGAGCUCGCCCUCGAGCCAUUGCUCAAUCUUGUGACGCUCAUUGCUCGGGAUCUGCAAGACGAGUUUUAUCCCUACUUUCCCCGUGUAUUUCUUUGCAUGCGCGCCAUUAUCAAGAGCAAUCCUGGCGCAGCAAUCUAUGAGAUGGCAUUCCAGUCCAUGGCCUACCUCUUCAAAUACUUGUCCGCGGAGCUGAUUCGUGAUGUUGAUGCUACCUACGAUCUUGUGCUGCCCUUGCUUGGCGACUCAAAGUACUUUGUCCGGAACUUUACGGCUGAGGCAUAUGGGUUCCUGCUCCGGAAGGUGACCGGUGACCGUGCCGACAGAAUCUUUCAUAAUAUGAUCUCGUCGCUCGAGGAAUCGCAAAGCCAAGAUCUCUGCGAUGGCUUGGCAGUCACGUUUUUUGAGUCCAUCAAGCAUGUCAAUCACCACCUUCAUUCCAAGGCCAAGCUCACUCUCGCCCGUCUCUUGGCGGCAGUUUUCAAACAAACAGACGAGAAUGACAUUGCCUUCGAAAUGGCCGUCAAAGUGUUUGCCAUGUCAGCUCAUCAUGCCAACUCAGCAACACUCUCAGAGGUCUUUGAUUUGGCGAUCGAAUCGGUCGAGCAGCAGCAAUCCGAUUUUGAUAUUGCAAGUGCCUCUCCGGAAAAGCUGGUCACAUUCGGCAAAUCCCACGCUGUGCUCAGCACCCUCGUCGGCCUGCGAAAGGGCACUCGUGUUACAGAUCUGAAGAGACUGUUUCGACUUUUCGAACAGUCGCUGAGGCUUGUGGCCGCAUCUGCCAGUGAUAGCUAUUGCGCCACGGAGGUCAUCAAAGGGUAUGCCACACUUGUCUCGAUUUCACCCUUCGACGACGUCCUCGUUCUCGGACACAAUGGCAUCAAGAUCGUCUUUGAACUCAAGAGUCGGAUCUAUACGCUGUUGUUUUGCGAGCAGUUGCAGUUGAUGAACUGGGAGCACUAUGGACGAUUUAUUGUGCCAAAGCUACUAGAAUUCUGGAAGACGCGAUGGGAUCAGAACAUCGCCCUUGGAGUCUUGGCCGUGAGCCGUAUAUUCGAAUCCGGAUUCGAGGAUUACAUUCCGAUGCUGCCAGCGGCGCUCAAGAGCCCGAGCGGUUUUGUCAAGCUCGCGGUGACUGGCGGAAAGGGGCCCAAGGGCACCCAUGGCAUACGCUUGGACGAUCUUUUCAAGCUCCUGAACGCACUGCCGGCUCGCGCCCUGUUCAUGGCCGAUGCAACGGAUAACAAGGCCUCGCUUGUUUCAGCGUCGAUUGUGUGCUUGCAGUACCUGGACAUUGACUUUGAUGUCGUAUUCGGUGCACUGGUGCUGAGGCUCCGCGAGCUGGUCGGGGUCGCCCAAAAGUUGCCAAAGAUCUCAGCUGCCAGCCUGGCAUUCUCUAUCAUUGGCCAACUCCUUUCGGCAAUCACCGUUCGGUGUCGCAAGUCGGGGCAAGUUGCUCAACUUGCUGGGCUCUGGGAUUUGGUCGUACACGAUCUGAUCUCGGCCCUUGGCCGCCACUCGGUCAUUUUGGAGGAGGUCACAAAGUUUUGUGAGGCCCUGCGCUACUCUGGCAAGCAUGGAGAGUGUUUUACUGCCGAGAAGCUCAAGAGAGUAUUCCCGGUUCUGAAGCCGCAGAUCGGCUCAUUCGAUAACAAUACGCGCAAGCAUGCCUUGGCCAUCCUUCUUCUCUUUGAUCAGCUUCCGCUGGUGUAUUCUUCCGAAAGCGACCAUUCCGGAACAUGCCCUAUCCUGCAAUACUGUUACGACAUUGAGUGUCUUGAAAACUCGAUCCAGUCGCUUCGUGAAAAAACCAUGCUGUUGAGAAAAAUCGAUUCCCUCGUAACUUCCAAGACCCUGCCCGCCCUUUAUAUCGACGUGCCUGUGCGCUACUUCCUCGCUCUUCUGAGCGUCAAUUUCGCUCCCCUGUGGCCGUCGGUCUCCCAGUCGCUCGCCAACGCGGCUUCGGCCGAUCACAAGACUUUCUGGCCCAUCUACUUUGAGCGGUUUCUAGAGGCCAAAGAGCAAAGUCUUCAUCCCACAGAUAAACGCGGCAUCGAGAGCCAGUCAGCGUCCGAAGGGGGCUACAAGGCAAUCAAAGACACCUAUCUGAGAUGCCAUCAUCUUGAUCUCGUCAAAUCAUCCAACGCAUCUGCAUGCGAGGUCUACCGCGACCACGCUGUUGAGCGACUGCUGAUGCGGCACGGUUGGAUUGGUCACGAUGCAUCGGCGAAUGAUAAUCUUGGUCGAGCCGCCACGAUUGCCACGAUUGUCACGAUUGCCAGAGAUCUCUGGGCUGAUAUUCAUCCUGCUCUCCGUCUUGACUUGCCGCAACCAGCGCUCAACCGUUUCGACUAUGUCAACUAUUUCCAGCUAACCAUCAGAACCCUGGGUCUGUGCCCUCAAGUUGUUCAGCAAGAGUCCAAGUCGCUUGUCCCGCUGAUCAUCAACAUACUGCGCAAACCGGCCGACGAGGAUACUGAGAUCCCAGGAGAGAUGGCCGACGCACAAACUCAGCUGUCCAGAUCGGCAUCCCCAAUGCAGAUCAGAAACACAAUCGUGGAGCUCCUGAAGAUGUUUGCACAGAUCCGCCGUCCUGCCAAAUUGCAUCUCGCCUCGGAGCUGUAUCAAAUUUAUCUUGACUACCUGAUCAAGGGCGAUGCGAAGCUGCAGCAACUCGCGCUCGAUUGCCUGUUCACGUUCAAUGAUUCCGGCGUGAUUGCUUACAAGGAGCAGCUCCUCGGUUUGGCUGACGAUCAGAAAUUUCGUGACUUUUUGAGCACCUGGGACGUCGAGCAGAUGCACGCUCAGAUUACCGUUGACAAGUUACCACCCCUGAUCGAGAUCCUUAUUCGCGUGCUCUACGGCAAGGUCAUCUCUCGCCGCGGCCGACACAGCUCAAAGCACAGCCACCGCACCAGACGGCUGGCCGUCUUUGCGUUUCUGACUUCGCUCAGCGACUCAGAGCGACUGCGGUUUGUCGAUGUGAUGCUGACGCCGUUCAGCGACAUCUUUGGGCAACCAGCCGCCCCCGACAACACGAUGCAGCUGUUCCCGAUUUCGGCCCUCCAGUCGCCCGAUUCGCUCAACAAGCAGAUUGGCUUCUUGCGCAGUCUCGAAGAACUUAUCAAACAGUUCCGCACCCUCGUUUCGCCUUUUAUCGACAAGCUCAUGCGCGCCACCAUAUGCAUGGCGUAUCACGCCGAAUGCACCCUGAGCAGCUCCAAGGCGCUUGCAGACUUGGGCGCGGGCGGCGCUCAAUCAGACGGCGAUGACAACUCCGAGAACGCCGACGAGGGUGUUGAUGGAGAUACCGACGGCCAGAGCAGCCUUGCUCAGCUGCGCUCCAUUCGCCAGCUGGCGAUUCGGCGGCUCACUCAGAUAUUCGAUAUGGAUCUUGACGUGAAUUACGGCUCGUUUAUGCCGGCUAUUUUCAGUAGCAUCAUCGACCCUCGGAUCGAUACCCUCGCGCGCGAGAAUACUCAGGGGCCAAGCUCUCUUGUCGAGUUGGUGGUUACCUGGAGCAAGCACCGCCGAACUAUUCCGUUCCUGGUUCGGUACAACCCCCUCCUGCUGACUCGGGCUCUUGCUCUGCUCUCAGCCAAGAAAGUGCAUACUUGGGUCAUUGCGUCGGUUACUUCAAUCAUCGAGUCGCUGCUGGAGUGCAGUACAGAGCACCCCGAAGACCUAGUGAUGGACACGAUCGUCAGGCCGCAUCUUUCGGUGAUUUUGGAGAAGCUGGGAUACGCCUUGGUGCAUCACAUUAUGGCGUCGUCAGGCCCUGUUCAGCUGGUGGGCGACAAUGUUCCAACGCGCAUCAUUCGCGUUCUCGCCAAACUCUCCAAUUUCGCUCAGAGCACCGAGCAGAUCGAGUCCAUCGUCGAUCUGCUUGUCCCCUUCUUGAAGCGACCCGGCAAGUUCGUGCCCGAGAUCAUCAAAACCGAGAUCAUCACCAUCCUGGCCAACUUCCUCCCGCACCUGCCAACGGUGCAGAGCCAAACACCGUCAUCAACAAAGUACUAUGGCAUCGCCUCGCAGCUGUUUUCCAUCACACAUACUCGCGAGUGCCGCACCCAGGCGGUGGCUUUGUUUGCCCGCUUUGCUGAAUUGGAACCCGAAUUGGCUGUGGUUGCCGAGCUCGUCCAGGGCUUGAAUGCUUUUUCGACCAGGCGAAUGGACGAGCCUGAUUUUGACCGCCGCUUCGACGCUUUCAACAAAGUCAGCCGAGAGCUCCACCCUGAUCUCGUCCCGGUACAGUGGCUUCCUUUGCUGCAUAACUUUGUGCACCAUGUCCAGGAUCCAACCGAGUACUCUAUCCGAAGCAAUGCCGCUUUUUGCAUCGUCAAGUUCCUGGAAAACGCCGCCGCCCAGCAGGACUUGCAAGCAGAAUACUCCGAGGCCUUCAUGAGCCAGGUUGUCCAUGUCGUCUUUCCGGCCCUGAAACGCGGCCUCAGGAUCAACGCGGAGCCCGUCCGUCAAGAGUUUGUGGGCGUCUUGGGCUCCUUGGUGCGGCUGUUCCCCAGCGCUCCCAACUUCAAGGACAUGGUUGUGCUUUUGCACGGUGAUGACGAUGAGGCCAACUUCUUCAGCAACAUCAACCAUCUGCAGAUACAUCGUCGCGCCAAGGCGCUGCGCCGGCUUGCUGGCGUGAUUCAAGAGGGGAGAAUCCAACCGGCCAACGUUUCCAAUGUGUUCGUGCCCAUGAUCAAGCACUAUAUCUUCGCAUCAGAACAGACAAGCGAGCAAACGCUCCUCAACGAAGCAAUCUCCACCGUUGGUUCCUGUGCCGGAGCUCUCCCAUGGGGCUCGUAUUAUUCGCUCCUACGACAGUUUACCAUGGCCCUCCCGAAACUCCCCACCCUGGAAAAGGUGCUCAUCCGCACCAUUAUUGCCAUCCUGGAAAAGUUCCAUUUCUUGAUGGCGUUGGCUCCUGUCGCCGAGCCCGACCAUAUUGAUGGCCAACCAAAGAGCGAUCACGACAAUGAGGCCGUUGGUGCCGAGCAUGAUGACGAAGAGGCUGAGCACGCCGAGGCCGAGGCCGAGCCUGUGGUGGAUGCAUCUGCCUCGAGCCAGUCUCAGGAAGCGCUUGCGAUCAAGGUCCACAACAUCUUGCUCGAAAAGAUUAUUCCGGAUCUCUAUAAGCUCCUUACCAAGGACGACGAUGAUACUCUCAGCAGCCGUGUACCCAUCGCGCUGGCCAUCGCUCGCCUUCUCAAGCAGUUACCAGCAGCUUCGCUCGACUUGCAGCUUCCUAAAUUGCUUACCACAAUGUGCAAUCUUCUCCGCAGCAAGCGGCAAGAUAUCCGCGACACCACACGCGAGACCUUGGUCAAGAUAGCGCUGCACAUGGGUCCCAAGUAUCUUCUGUUCCUCGUCAAGGAGCUGGAUCGUGCGCUUCAGAGAGGCUACCAGCUUCACGUUCUUGGGUACACAAUUCAUCAUUUGUUGAUGGGAAUCUGCCCCAUGCUCUCCACCGGCGAUUUGGAUAUCUGCACUGGGCUUCUCAUCAAGAUCAUGGUGAACGACAUUUUUGGCGAGACCGGGAAGGAGCGCGAGGUCGAGGAGCUCCGCGGCAAAAUGCGCGAGAUCAAGGCAACCAAGAGCUUCGACUCGUUUGAGCUACUGGCCGGUAUCAUUUCGUUUGAGCACAUCGGGGCCGCCCUUCUGCCGCUGAAGGAGCUGAUGCUCGAGACAAACAACUCCAAGGUCACGAAGAAGAUCGAAGAGGUCCUGCGCCGCAUGGCCCUAGGGCUCAUCAAGAAUCCUGAUCUGACACCAAAGAACUUGAUGAUCUUCAUACACGGCCUGAUCAACGAGAUACUCCCGCUUUCUCGCUUGGACCAGCAGAAGAAAGAAGCUGCCAGCGAGGCUGAAAAGACCUUCCUGGUCGAGCUCGGACGCACCAACAACGCGCAGCCACUGAAGUAUUUCCAGGCCAAUGCCUUCAUGUUUAUCGAAUUCGGCCUCUCGCUCUUGAUGUCUGCCCUCAAGCAAGAGAAAAUAUCGACGCGCGACCCGGACCACUUGGCCAUGCUCGACCCCAUGCUGACGGUGCUUGGGCGGUCGCUCUACUCGCAGCAUGCCUCCGUCAUUAUCCUCGCCCUGCGUAUUCUCUGCAUCUUGUUCAAGGCUCCUUUGGCAAGCAGCAAGGAGGUGACGAGUGCGGUCCAAAAGCGGCUCUUUGAAAUCAUUGCCAAGGCCACCACCACCAACUCAGAGCUGGUACAGUCCACCUUCCGACUUUUGGUCGUCAUUAUUCGCGACUGCUCCGCUUCGGAUGUGACCCAGAAACAACUCGUCACCAUCAUCACGAUGAUCCAGCCCGACAUCGAGGAACCUGAGCGUCAAGUCACAACAUUCUCGCUGAUCCGAGCCAUUCUCACCCGCAAGUAUGUGGUCAAGGAAAUCUAUGACCUCAUGGACACUGUUGCAACGGUGAUGAUCACCAGCCAAAGCGGGCAAGUCCGCGAGCUCUGCCGUGGCGUCUAUCUGCAAUUCCUACUUGACUACCCGCAUGGACCGACGCGAUUGGAGAAGCAGAUUCGGUUUUUGGUGAAGAACUUGCAGUAUCAGUACGAAAGUGGGCGAGAAUCGGUCAUGGAAAUGCUCCACCUCGUGAUUGUCAAGUUCCUGGACGAAGUGCUCUAUGAGUAUUCGGAGAUGGUGUUCUUGGCGCUCGUGAUGAGCAUGGUUAACGACGAGUCUGCAAAAUGCAGAGAAAUGGCGGCAGCCCUCCUUGUCAGCUUACUGAAGCGCGUCGGUGUGGCCAAGGGCGAAAAGCUGAUGACGAUGGUCAACAAGUGGUUUGAUCAGCCCGAGCAACUGCACCUCCAGCGCACCGCUGCCCAACUGAGCGGCCUCUUUGUCGAAGGAUAUCAACAAAGCGCCUCGAGAUGGCUGCCUCAACUGCUGAAGCAUCUACAAGCCCUGCUUGCGACCGUCAUCGACGAAGUCGAAGCUUCCCAGGAAGAUGAUGAGUUUGAUCAAGACGAAAAGCCCCAGCGGUGGGAGAUUGGAUACUACGCCUUGUCCACAUUCAGCCGCAUCGUUCAGGUCUUCCCGGCAAGCGCGACCCAAAAAUCCACCGAGCCCAUUUGGAUCCAGCUUCGGACGCUUCUACUCUACCCACAUCAAUGGAUCCGAUCACUGAGUGACAAGAUCCUAGGGGCGCUCUUCUCGAUCCUUGACGCUGAUGGGCAAGACGAGGGUCGCCAUAUUUUGCUCAAAUCCCAGCAGGAUACCUUCCAGCUUGCCAUCCAGCUUCAUCGGCAGCUUGGUUCGUCAUUUUUAACGGCUGAGUGUGGAACCCAGCUUGUUAAGAACUUGUUUUUCGUCGGGAAGCAGCUCUACAACAACGAUGAAGGCGACGAUGAUGAUCACGAUCGAGCGUCCACAUCUGCUGGCGCUCUCCAACAGAGCCGAGCUCCCAACCAACGCCACAACAGCUCCGAAAACAGCCGCUCACCCCUGCUGACGUUAUUCAAGAAGCUUUCAUACAUCGCCAGAAUGGAUGGAAUGCGAAGAGCGAGCAACCCUGUUACUAAAACAAGCAUCUUUCAGUGGUUUGCUGCCAUGGCUACAUUUAUCCCACCGACCCGGCUGAAGCCAUUCCUUCAUGCAAUGCUGACAAUUCUCUACCGGGUCUCGGUGGAUGAUACUGCCAAGGGCAAGGAUGCUGAGGACCACAAGCUCUUGGCCUCGGAAGUCAUGGAUCUCCUCCAAAAGAAAGCCGGUCAUGAAAUGUAUUUGGAUGCGUACAACAGUGUCCAUUUCCACGUUCAAAAUGUUCGUCGGGAUCGGAAAACCAAGCGAGCAGUCCAGACUAUCGUCGACCCCGAAGCUAUGGCCAAGCGGCGCAUUCAGAAAAACGAAAUGAAGCGCGCGAACCGCAAGCGCAAGGCAGAGGUGAUGGCCUCACAUCGCGUCCGA